GAGAAAUAUAGGGUGGAAAAGAGAACACAUAUUCUAACUCAUUCUUGUUCUUAUCCUUACAAGACUAAGUAAUGGGGAACCUUUUGGGCUGCGUGCUGGUGAAGCAAUCAGAUGUGGCAAUCAAGGAGAGAUUUGGCAAGUUUCAAAAAGUUCUUGAUCCAGGUCUCCAGUUUGUGCCCUGGAUCAUAGGGGAUUAUGUUGCCGGUCACCUCACCCUCCGUCUCCAGCAACUCGAUGUCCAGUGUGAAACCAAGACAAAGGACAAUGUGUUUGUGACAGUGGUUGCAUCCAUACAAUACAGAGUUUUAGUUGACAAGGCAAGUGAUGCUUUCUACAGACUUAGCAACCCAACUUCCCAAAUCAAAGCCUAUGUCUUUGAUGUGAUCAGAGCAUGUGUACCAAAGCUGAACUUGGACGAUGUGUUCGAGCAGAAGAAUGAAAUCGCCAAAUCCGUGGAAGAAGAGCUUGACAAAGCCAUGACUGCUUACGGUUAUGAGAUCCUUCAAACCCUUAUCAUCGAUAUCGAGCCUGAUCAACAGGUUAAACGCGCCAUGAACGAAAUCAACGCUGCGGCGAGGAUGAGAGUGGCGGCGAACGAGAAAGCAGAGGCGGAGAAAAUCAUUCAGAUAAAGAGAGCUGAAGGUGAAGCUGAGUCCAAGUACCUAUCUGGACUAGGUAUCGCUCGUCAGAGACAAGCUAUCGUGGACGGUCUGAGAGACAGUGUACUAGGGUUCGCUGGAAACGUGCCUGGGACGUCAGCAAAGGAUGUGUUGGACAUGGUGAUGAUGACUCAGUACUUUGACACGAUGAGAGACAUCGGAGCUCACUCCAAAUCUUCGUCCGUGUUUAUCCCUCACGGUCCUGGCGCCGUCGCUGACGUGGCAACACAGAUUCGUAAUGGGUUACUCCAGGCCCACCAGACCAAUGCUUAAUCAGUUAAGAGUCAACUCUCUAAAAGUCGUCUCCAAUAAUAUAGUAUAUAUUUUUAUUGUGAUUGUGAUUUUAUAUUUUUUUUUCCAGAUUCAAUAAUUGUCUUUUGCGUUUUUUGGGUCUUGGUCUGUCUGUUUUUUGGGUCUUGGUCUGUCUUUGUGAUUUUGUAAUUAUAUUGCCAAUUAAGUUUGUAUAAAAGUUAAAAGAUGUGAUUUUGUUUCGAUGAGAAAAGAAAAAUCUCUCACAGUAUUUGGUUGUCAAUCGAAAUAAUAUACGUGUGUUAUUGUAUGGCCCAGCUACAUGUACAUAGUUUUCUGUUGGCC